AUGAUACCUGCUCUAAACAAUCCUGGAUUUGUCACUAACAAUCUUCAGAAACAACAAAUAAGCCCAGUGCUAUCAUUGUUUGCUGGCGGCGUUGCAGGUGGAGUAGAGGCAGCAACAACCUAUCCAUUCGAAUUUGCCAAAACUCGUAGCCAGCUUGCAUCUAAGGCUCCAGGCCAAACACCGAUAUGGCAUAUGGUAAGGAAUGUACUAAGGACUGAGAGGAUCUCGGGUCUCUAUACUGGAUGCUCGACCCUCGUGGUGGGAACAGCAUUCAAAGCCGGUGUCCGCUUCCUAACCUUUGAUACCAUCAAGAAUGCCCUUGCCGACGAGAAUGGCAAGAUAUCUGGGGGACGCGCCAUCCUGGCUGGAAGCUUAGCAGGGUGCGCCGAAAGCAUCCUCGCCGUAACCCCAACGGAGCGUCUGAAGACGGCGCUCAUCGAUGAUGCAAACAACCAGAAACGAUUCAAGGGAAGUUUCCACGCACUCCGCAUCUUGGUAGCAGAGAGGGGCAUUGGGAAUCUCUAUAGGGGGUUAGUUUCGACAACGAUGAAACAAUCUGCGACUUCAGCUGUCCGCAUGGGAUCCUACACAAUCCUGCGGGGGAUGUCGCAAACGCACAGUGUGCCCCAGAAUACCUUGGCGACUUUCCUUAUGGGCGCCACAGCAGGCACAAUCACUGUCUAUGCGACCCAACCGUUUGAUACGGUCAAGACUCGAGCUCAGAGUGCUGCUGGAGCAGGGACUAUUGAAGCGAUGAAGAGCGUGCUGAGAGACAAGGGGCUAUUCGGGUUCUGGGCUGGAAGCACGAUGAGGUUGGGAAGAUUGGUGUUAAGUGGAGGGAUUGUAUUUUCAGUGUAUGAAAAUAUUGUCCGUGUCUGUAAUAGUGCGGGGUACUAAUAGAAGACCAAUAUACCAUCUAAAUCGCUGGGGUUGGGGUCUUUCGAGUGGUCUAGAACAAGGUAAAGACUGG